AUGACGCAGUACAAGAUCGAUAUCGUCUCGGACACGGUAUGCCCUUGGUGCUAUGUCGGCAAGAAUAGGCUGGAUAAAGCGAUCGACGCCCACAAGCAGACGAAUCCGAACGAUACCUUCACAACGACCUGGUAUCCAUUCUAUCUCAAUCCCGAUGCGCCCAAAAGUGUGGACAAACAAGCCUACUAUGAGCGUAAAUUCGGCUCGCAGCGAACUCAUGUCAUGCAAGGUCACCUCCUCAGGUUGGGAAAACAGGUGGGUAUUGACUUUGGCUUCAAGGGUAUGACAGGCAACACCAGGGACAGCCAUCGCCUGAUUCAGCUCGGAAAGACGAAAGGAGAGGAGAUGCAAACCAAAGUCGUAGAACAGCUCUUCAAUGCCUACUUCGAAGUGAACGAGGACAUCACGUCGAAGGAUGUGUUGAUACAGCGAGGUAUCAAGGCUGGUCUGGAUGAGAAGGAGACGAGGGAGUGGAUGGAUAGUGAUAAGGGUGGGCCUCAGGUUGAUCAGGAGGUCAACGAGGCACAGCAUAAAUUCAUUACUGGUGUACCGAACUUCACGAUCAAUGGGAAGUACGAGGUGCAGGGUGCGGAAGAGCCGGCAGCUUUCCUGCAGGUAUUUGGUGAGGUUAAGGACACGGCGGCGUCGACGAAAGUUGGUGGGAGCAAUGUCUGCUAG